UCAUUAGACACGAGUCAGGACCAAUGUCGUCGAACAAGUUCUUAAAUACUUCACACAAUCCACUCUCUCCCACCUUCAUUCAUAUCUCUCUACAUUAGCGAGCAAACCCUGUUUCUAGAGUUUUCUUGCAACACAAGAAAGAAAAAAUUCUUUUUUUUUGUGUAACUUAAGAGACAGAAAUAUGACAGAGAAGGAUCUUCUUUUCGAUACAAUACUUGCUCGUAGCUUCAGCAAAAACGAGCAGAAGAGACUUGGGUAUGGAGCUUUCAUUGCCUCUCUUCUCUUCGUCUUCACUCUUUGCACCGUCUUUAAACCUUAUCUCAGUCCAUUGCCAAUCGUGGAGUUGCAGUUAUCAGUGGACGCUGGUCUCAGGAUGCUGAGAAUAACAGACCAGCAAAAACCGGAAGCCUUAAUAAGUAUCAACAAUGCAACAUCUGGUGAUUCUGAGAAACUUAUUGUUCCUACGAAUCAAAAUAACAUUACAUCAAAUGAAAAUACUCAGAGCUUGAUAAGUUCUGAAGACCACGAUCUUAGUGUCUGUAACGACACAAGUUUGCCCAAGAACACUACAUUCUCCAAAGAACAAGUUAUUUCAGACGGAGAUAAGAUGGAGGAAAAGAUGAAGCCUAUAUGUACAAAGCUAGCAAGAACAGAGUUUUGCGAAUUAAACGGUGACGUGAGAAUCCACGGUAAAUCCGCGACUGUAAUGGCGGCCAUCACGUUUGCGUUUUCGGGAAAUUCCACGUGGCGUAUGAGACCUUACGCGAGAAAAGGUGACGUUGCGGCGAUGAAUCGCGUGAGAGAAUGGACGGUGAAACUGGCCCAAAACGCCGACCAAUUAGAGAACGCUAAUUUCUCGCGUUGCGUCAGGAAUCACAGCGUCCCGGCGAUGCUCUUCUCUCUGGGAGGCUACUCGAUGAACAACUUCCACGAUUUCACCGACAUCGUGAUUCCUCUUUACAUGACGGCGCGUAGAUUCAACGGAGAAGUUCAGUUCCUCGUGACGAACAAGCAUCCAUCGUGGGUCAACAAAUUCAAGGAAAUAGUGAGUAAUCUCUCGAAUUACGAAGUGAUUUACAUCGACGAAGAAGACGAAACGCACUGUUUCAGCAGCGUCACCGUCGGUCUCAAUCGCCACCCUGAGUAUUUCAAAGAGCUAACGAUCGAUCCUUCGAAUUCGGAGUACUCAAUGUCCGAUUUCCGCAAAUUCUUAAGAGACGCAUACUCGUUGAGAAACGCCGCCGUGGCUACGAGACAGAUUCGGCGGCGGAGGCCACGGAUUCUGAUUUUAUCGAGGAGCAGAUCGCGAGCGUUCGUAAACGCCGGCGAGAUCGCUAAGGCUGCGAGACGAAUCGGGUUCAAAGUCGUGGUGGCGGAAGCGAACACAGGCGUCGCGAGUUUCGCGCAGAUCGUGAAUUCGUGCGAGGUGAUGCUCGGCGUUCACGGCGCGGGGCUGACGAACAUGGUGUUCUUGCCGGAAAACGCGGUCGUGGUUCAGAUUCUUCCGAUCGGUGGAUUCGAGUGGCUUGCGAAGACGGAUUUCGAGGAUCCGUCGAAGGGGAUGAAUCUGAGGUAUUUGGAGUACAAGAUCGAGGCGGAGGAGAGUUCGCUGGCGAAGAAGUACGGACGCGAUCAUGAGAUCGUGAGAGAUCCACCGGCGGUUGUGAAACGCGGGUGGGAAACGUUCAAGUCGGUUUAUUUGGUACAGCAGAAUGUGAGUGUUGAUAUUAACCGGUUCAAGCCGGUUCUUGUUAAAGCUUUUGAGUUAUUGGAGAGGCAGUCUGUGUAAAAUACACAUAUUUACUGCAUUCGUAUACUGUAAA